UCUUUAUAUACAGACGUGCUUUGGCAUUGGAAAUAUUCAAUCUUUUGGGUAUGAAACAAUUCUUUAUUGCUUGCCUGGUUGUUUUUGAAUUGGGAUCUUCAGGGUCCCAUCCACAAAAGCCUAUUACUAUUUCGUAUGAUCCGCUGAACGUGCAACGGGAUAUGAAGGAUUUUAGCAUUAGCAAAGCCUUGAAAAUUCAGCAAAGGCCGAGUAAAGCCAGGGAAGCUUUUCAACAACUGGAAACUGAAUAUAAAAUGUAUUUUGCACUGAGGCAGCAGAUACAACUGGAUCAGGAAACGCUAGAUAAGCAGAUAGCCGAUAAGAAGGUGGCACUGCAGAUGGCCACCAUAAAGUUGGCCGAAAUGGAAACCAAACGUCGAUUGGCGAGUUGUGUGCCGCGGCAGCAAACCACAAGGGAAGUGGAUCCUGGUUUUACUAGAAUCCCUCAAAGCCGCUAUGACCACAAACGGAAUGGUCUUACUACACUCCCCAUAUCCCCUUAUGAUCCACCACUUCCCCAAAUCGUUGGGAAAUAAACUCUAAAAAUUCCUAAAAAUA